AUGACUCUGCGUUCUGCUACUAGCACUUCAAUGCGUGCCUGGCGUCGAUUCUUUCCCCUCGUUUCUGUUGAAUCUUUGGUAGAACUAUUUGAGGAGAUGCUUCAGACUAGUCACCUUUCCGACUCGGCAUCCACAUGCAGCUCCGCUACUACUACACCCGCCGUCUGUCCUGAGCCAAAUUUGGCAUUCCUUUCUAUCAUUCUUGGGUAUAUUGAGAGUCACAUCGCCACUGCCGGUGAGUCGACGACACCUGCGUCUGCGCCGACACGCAAACGCUCACUCAGUGGGACUCGAUCGAAUUGCGGGGCGAAACGAUUGACGGUCCGCCCCUCUCCCGCUGCUACUGCUCCUGCUGUUGCUGCUUCGCCCUACGAAGCGAAUUCGCCUGAAGUGCCUCCUUCCCUCUCGGAGGAAGAGAUACCGGCGGCUUCGACCCCUUCCCUGGCCCCCAGUGAUUCGACGCCGUCUCCAAUGAGUGCAGCGGCUUCUUUGAUGCGUGUGGCGGUGGAAACGGCCAGAUCAGAGUUUCCUAUUCUUCGUUAUGAAGAGGCGGAGCAGUUGUAUCAGAGAUUUUAUACCAUGAUUGUUCACAAUCCCAAGUUGGCAUCGAUGGCCAGAGUUCUGCCCGACCAGGUGACCCCCAAGAAACUGGGACUGUCAUCAAACCGACGACUGGUGAAGGCAGUUUGUGAUGUCCUCUGUGCUCACAUGGCCUCUCCGGCUAGGCAACGAGAGCACUUCGCUCAUGCUCAGUCAAUCUACUCUCUUCUCGAGUAUGGCCAACUAGACAGUUUUGGUUUGGCCUACGCCACGGUAGCAGCAUGCCAGCUCCUGGGCUACACAGACGUCCACUUAGCGUUAUCCGAGGACCACGCCUGGGUUGAGUUCGGGUCACCAGAGCGGCGUGAAACGGCUGAUGUCUCAGUGAUACCUGCACUGGAACCCACUGAAGUUCUUUCCCCGGUCAAGAUCACUACCACCACCUCAGUCUCCACCCUCUAUCCACCUCCUGUCCGACUCGGACACCUACUUCACUCUUGGCUCUACCUCAACGGCUGUCCCGUAGUCUGCAACCCCCUUGUCCUCUCGGUUGCCGCUGCUGUAACCGCUAUUCAGCCAUGUGGACUGUCAAAAUCCGUUCGCCCGAUAGAUCAGAUCACCAUGGCGUCAGUACCGCCCUCCUCUUCCAAACGUCCCCGCCAAAAACUCUCCUCCGGCACUCUUUCUACCUCCAGUGAUGGCCAUCCUGUCCGUAGUGUUGAGACUAUUUCACCUGAGCUAGUGCGUUUGAAGCAGACCCUUUUGUGGACGGUCUACCGAGCGGGUAUGCUCAAUCAGUACCCGCUUGGAUUAACCAAUUUAGCGGAUAUUGAAGAGGGCUAUCCCUCGACAGGAAUUCGACUCGAAGAGGUUGUUUGUGACCUCCAGAUAUCCUCCAGUGUGCCUGCUACUGACUACGUCUUGCCCGAGAUUGUAGAGGUGUACGGCGAUUUCAGAGAUGUUGGAUUUUCACCAACACCGUCGAGGCAGUUGGACGUUCCGUUGGAAUUGCUCCGGCGAGCAGUGGAAAUUAACAGGGUUUUCUUCCGCAACCAACACGUCUACCCCUACAUCUAUCUGGCAAAUUACCUUCAACGCAGAGGCGAUACACCUGGCGCUUUGCGCUGUUGGGCUGAAGCUGCUCGUGUUAUUGGACAGUACAACCACAGUUCAGAGGACGCAGAAAUCUACCGAGAGUUCUUAGACAUUGCGACACGCGUAAUUCCAGAGAUAUUCCGAUUGUGUGCCGUAGAACAUCGAUCCGGAAUGUCCACGAAGCCAAACCUGCUAGACAGUCCCCUGUGCCUGGCCUACCUUCUCGCCUUUUAUGACCACCUCUGUCUGUGGGAGGAGGGUUCAGCAGUUCCUGUUCUUCACGUUGGGUGGGUGGAUAAGUUGGUCGCAUCGCUGACACGAUUCUCAAUUCAAGCACGAACUCAGCUUCAUUUGGAAGCAAUCCGGGCCACUGGGGAUGAGGAGAACUUGAGAAUGUCGACAGUGACGCCGAAGAAAAAGUAUCCCUAUCCUCGUGCUCGUCAGUCCAGCCUUGGAAGUGAUUCUGUGGUCAUACAUCCCAUCACGGUUCGGGAAAGCGAACCCUCUCCGUUGCCCGUCUCCAAGAUGGAGACGGAAGUGGAAGUAGCGUCGGCGCCGUUGGAAGAUCCAAAGACAUCAACGAUAGACACGGCGAAUGAAAUGACGAAGGCGGAGCCCUUGAGAGUAAUCCUUCCACCACCAGCUGCAUCUAUGUCCUUCCAGAGUUGUUCGACCACUGGAUCCUCUGUACUUUCCGUAUUCAUCAACACGCCUUUGACCUCAGGAGGGGAGAACUCUACCAUCGUUUCGAUUUCUGAAAUGGCAUCAAAACCGCCUAAACAGGAGAUGGCCAAAUCACUUCCAAAACAGGACCUCCUUUUGCCUGGAAUAAUCGAUGGGCUGGAAGGAGGUGAGGAGGAUCUUUUGGACGUCUACAGUCUGGUCGUUGAUUGUUGUACAGGUCCGAAGGAGAAAUUAAUUUCUAGAUUGGCGAAGGCCUCACAAUUUCGUCUACUCAAUCCGGCUUUUUUGAUGGGUGAUCUUACUGCGCCACCCUUUGCGGACCCAGAAGAAUUGGCUGAUUUUCUCAUGGAACGGGAGCCUUCCAAAAUUAAGGAAGAGGAUCGAGAAGAGCCUGAAUUCCUGCCUGAACCUCCAUCUUCGACACCGGCAGCUGUGGUAGAAAUUCCAGAUGGUCGUCAGACCCAGGAAGAACAACCGCAAUGUAAACAACAGGAUGAUCAUGAAUUGGGGGAGAAGGAGCAGAAGCUGGAUCCAUCACGUCCACACGAUGCAGUCGCAGCGGCAGCGGAGGACGAAAUGGAGGUAGAAGAGGACGAAGAAGUCGAUGUGGGCGUCGCAAUUCCAUCUCAACACCGAGCCUCAUCACCCGAAUCCUCCGCCUGUCCCUCCCUCCCAUCCAUCCCCUCCACACCUCCCAUUUUCCCUCUCCCUGUCACUCCUGAAGCUAUGACUGCAGUUGCUACUGAAGGUGCUGUUACGACUGUGGUUGGGAUGGCGACAGUAGAUAAUGAUGUCACUGACGCUCCUAAGCCACAAACCCCCGCAGCUUCUGUGCUGGUAAAUAAGGAAGAAGAGGAGAAGGCGAGAACGGCUACAGUACCAGACACAGAAGUGGAAACAACAACUCAGGUCUCAUCUAUCACACCAAUGGCACCAACCACCACUAUCAUUCAGUUUACAAAGGAAGAAGAGAUGAAUGACUUUAUAGAGGAGUCCAAACCGCCCGGAGUGUAUUUGCGUCUCUACUCCACCAAGAUGUGUCGAAUUGCACGUCUGCUAAACGCUCCUGGCUGUCUGAAGUCCUCUGCCAUCAAGUUGACUCUCACCGCACAGAGUGAAGUCGGUUUUGGGCGCCGUCGAAGAGCCUCCACAAAUGCGCCUCCUCCUUGGAAAGCCACCGCCGCAGCUGCCUUCUCCAACAGAGCUGAAAACUCGGCUCUGACCCUGGAGUAG